UAUUAUCAUUGUUUAGAUCGAUUACAUUGUAUAAUAUCUUUGACUAAAAAAAUAUGGUUUCAAUAAUAUUCAGUCUAUUAGUUGCUAUGAUUUUUGGUGCAAUUUUCUCAUUUGUCGGCCUAUUAAUUGUUCCCACAAUUAGACGACGAUUUUUCCUAUUUAUUGGACAACAACUUAUUAGUUACACUACUAAUAAUAAUAUGUCCGCCAAUUGGCUGCCAAUGUGUGGCCAUCCGUGGUCUAGAAAUGAAGAAGAAAUUGUUGGGCUGUUGUGGGAAAUGUCGGUUAAACUUCGGACCGAUGAUGAAAAGGCAGUUGUUUUGUCGGCCAUACUCCGUAUGUGUGGUUACUAUCGGAGUCCCGAGGCUAUCAAAAACUAUCGCAAUUCAAACUAAUAGAAAUAAAUUGUU